ACAGUUGCCGAGUGUCAGUCAAGAAUCCAUUUCUCUCUCUCAUGUCAUGACAACAUCUCUUUGUGAGGCUAUGAAGUUUCGGCUUGGUUUUUCUGGUUAUCCCCUUCUUCUAUAUCGAAGGUUACGAAAUGUCGGACCUGAAGAGCACGGCGAAACGGCGGCGCACAACCGCCAACGCUAUCGAACAUGCCAUCCGGAAGAGCGAUGAAGAAUUCAUUGCGCAGUAUCUGCAACCUAGCCCGUCCUGGACCGAGUGGAUACACCCUCGAACCGAUGCCAAGUACACCAUCAGUCUCAUAUCCUCAGGCGCCCUGGCAGAGAAAGACUUGAAAUCGUGCCUCUCCCUAGUAGAAGAAACCAGUCGUGCGGACUACGAACCUUCGUCACUAGGCUGGAAACCCGCCAAGAAGCUCGACGAGAUGAAGUCGCCUGAGCUGAGAUACAUCGUGGUCAAAGAUGGCCAAGGCGACAUAAGAGGGUUCACGUCGCUGAUGCCAACGUAUGAGGAGGGACAGCCGGUGGUUUAUUGCUAUGAGAUCCACUUGAAGGGAGAGCUGCAAGGCACCCGACUUGGCAAACUCCUCAUAAGUUUCUUGGAGGAUGUGGCGGUGAAUGUGCCGACGGUUGAGAAGGUCAUGUUGACGUGUUUCACGAGCAACAAGCGAGCACUGGACUUUUACAAGAAACUCGGGUUUAAGAAGGACGAUAUAUCACCCGAGCCUAGGAGAUUGAGGUACGGGAAGGAGGUUGUACCCGAUUAUGUUAUCAUGAGCAAGGUGGUUGGGAAAUGAUCCAUCCAGAUCGUCAAAUCAUGACUCACUUGCGCCUUUGGCCUUGUUUAAGUGACAGAGAGCCAAUCUCUUGGGACUUACACGGCAUAAAACCUGUUAAUUAUCGGUCA